AUGUCAAACAGCAAAUUUCCCAGCACUCCCAGCCGUAACCACUACGACGUGGUGAUUAUCGGCGGUGCCACCAGCGGCUCCUCGAUUGCAUGGCAUCUAAGCACAAACCCCAACUUCAUAGGCUCAGUGCUUGUCGUCGAGCGUGAUCCUUCGUUGCAAUUCUCCGCCACCAAAGCCAGCAACAACUGCAUGCGACAACAAUUUGCCACCGCCAUCAACGUAAAGAUCGCACAAUAUGCUGCCGACUUUGUCAAACGCUUUGGGGCUGAGUUCCCACCGGACGAAUGCGUGCCAGAUGGUCCUAUUCGCAACUUCGGAAACCUCUAUCUGUCUGAUUCCACGCAAUUCACAGAGGUGCUGAAGGAUCAACAAUUGCAGGCCAGCUGCGGAGCGGGCACUCAGAUUAUUUCAACGACUGAUAUCAAGCAGAAGUACCCAUUCUUCUACACGGAUGAUAUCGACAGUGGAAGUCUCAAUGUCAUAGACGAGGGUGCAUUCAAUGCCCUUGGCAUGGUCCAAUGGCUCCGCCAAACGGCCUGCGAAAACGGCGUCGAGUAUAUUGGAAAUGAAGUGGUUGACAUGACCGUGGACGGGGAUAAAGUCUGUGACAUCACGUUGAAAACUGGCGAAAAGGUCACGGUGGGCACCCUUGUCAACUCUGCGGGGACUCGCGCCGCGACCGUUUCUCGACUGGCAGGUAUUGACCUGCCUAUUGAGGCCAGACGGCGGUACACCUACAUCUUCUCUGUCGACGAACCACUCCCUCAGAAUCUGCCAUUAACCAUCGAUCCAACUGGUGUCCAUCUCCGCUCGUACGGAGCCAAGGACUAUCUCGUCGGUUGCCCACCAAUCGGACCGGAUACUGCCGUGGAUGUCGAUGAUUUCAGCUUCGCGGAGAAUGCAUGGGAAGAAAAGAUUCUCCCACUAAUCACUCGCCGUGUUCCUCAGUUCUCCAGUGCACGUGUUACAAAUGCCUGGAUGGGCCACUAUGAGUUCAACACAUUCGACCAUAAUGCCAUCGUCAGGGCUCACGACAAGGUCAAUAACCUUUUCUUCUGCGUGGGCUUUUCGGGUCACGGCAGUCAGCAGGCACCUGCCUGUGGACGUGGUGUUGCCGAGUUGAUUGUUCAUGGAAGCUUCCAAACCCUUGAUCUGAGUGUGCUUUCAUACAAGAGGAUUGUGGAGAAUCAGCCUCUGACGGAGAGAGCGGUUAUCUGA